AAGUUGUCGGGCCACCGUGGCGGACAGGGUGAUCCGCGUUCGCGCAAAGCACGUCGCCGCGAUCCCGUCGUAGCGUUAUCGUUCUGUCGAGCAGAAAGACGGUACACGCGCACCACGUUGUGUGUCGUGAGUCAUUGUUGUGUUGACAGUCGAAGCAGGCGGGAGGUAGGAAAGGGAGCGAGACAGGCGAGCAGGCAGGUUGCCGCUUCUCAGCGCGGACCGGUUGUUGUCGCAUCGGCGUAGUGCACGCCAAAGACGUGCGUUAAACAUCGCUGUCUUUUCUCCACCGAUUUGAAGUGUCGACUUUGGUCGACUUCGCUUGUAUCAGGUGUCGGCCGCGCCGGGGUGAUUGGUGCGCGAUAUACGCCGAGUGACGUGACGGUGGGACGGACGGACGGACGGAGGUGCGGCGUGGAGUAAGGAGAGACGGCAGUCGUACCGCGAGUGAAUUUUUGCGUACAGCCGCGAGCGGCUGUUAUGUAAUCGCUGCAGCGCGGAGCGAAGUGUUUGCGCGUUGACGUAGGCAAAGAAGGAGAGAGAAAGAUAGAGAGAGAGAGAGAGAGAACGUGAAAGACACGACGGAGAACGUCGCAGAACUCGUUGACGUGUUGAAACUUGAGGAAAGUCCGUCGUUCUAUUUAACUCUUCGGGCCGGCUUAAGCGAGUCGUGUGCCACUCCGGGGGGAACGACCGCUUUCCCGUCCGGAGGCGAGAAAUUAGAAGGAGUCGAGGGUAAAACCUCGGUAUUGCCUAAUCGAGGAGAAGUUAAUUAGCCCGGCGGCAUCGAUGGUGCGCAGCCUAACGAUGGAGCAGACGUUCUACGAGGACGCGGGCAUGUACAGUGCGAUGAACGGUCGCGAGAACCACAGCGUGGUCCAGCUCAAGCGGAAUCUCACGCUCGACCUGAACAGUUGCCAGAAGCUGAACUCGCAGGCGAAGAGGCCACGGUUGGGCCCGCUGCCACCCGCCCUGAACAACGUCACCCCGAUUCUAAGCUCGCCGGAUCUCAACAUGCUGAAGCUGGCGUCGCCCGAGCUGGAGAAACUGAUCAUGACGCAGCCGGACGGUCUGGUAACCGGUCUACCGACCCCGACCACCCAGAUCCUCUUCCCCAAAGCGGUGACCGAGGCCCAGGAGUUGUACGCGCGCGGCUUCGUCGACGCGCUCAACGAGCUUCAUCACUCCGACAGCUCGCAGGAACCCGGCAGCAUGCACGGCGCGACGUACACGACUCUCGAGCCGCCCGGUAGCGUGCAAAGUACAGAGUCCACCAUGAGCAAUCCCGGCAUGGUGCACGUAAAGGACGAGCCGCAGACGGUGCCGAGCGUCUCGAGCACGCCGCCGAUGUCGCCGAUCGACAUGGAGAACCAGGAGAAGAUCAAGCUGGAGAGGAAGCGGCAGAGGAACCGCGUGGCCGCCUCCAAGUGCCGACGGCGCAAGCUCGAGCGCAUCUCCAGGCUCGAGGACAAGGUCAAGCUGCUCAAGGGCGAGAACACCGAGCUGAGCGGCAUUGUGCACAAGCUCAAAGAGCACGUGUGCCGGCUUAAGGAGCAGGUCAUGGACCACGUGCACGCUGGCUGUCAGAUCAUGACCGUCAACAACCAGUUUUGAACGGACUCUCGAUCGCUACCCCCUCCCCAAUCGAGGAGGGACGAUUGGGAGAACGAACGAGCCAACCCUCCGGGCUACCCCUUCGCUGUCGCCGUGCUCAUCAUCGUCUUCUUGCCCCAUCGCGCGAAGGUAGUUUUCGCGAGUAGAACGAACAGUGAAACUUUCUUCACCGGCAACUACGUUUUCACCGGCCGGGCUGUUGAAUCUCCUUUUCUACGAUUGUGAUCGAAAGGAAAAUUCCUUGCUGGCGCCAUGGGCUUAUCGUUCGGAAACGUCUCCCUUCUUAUCUCAACCGCACGAAUUCUUUGUUUCUUUUACGACCGAGAAGAAAAAAGAUGAAGUUCAACUACGUCUUUCGAUAUCGCCGAGGAGUUUGAGACGGAAGAAGCGGUAUCUUCGACGAGCGCAGGAUAAUUCCAUUGUCAUCCUGAAGAAGGAUCUUCGCAAAGAAGGGAGGGAGAAAAGGAGCGAGUCCAUCGUUCGCCGUUUUCUCUCUUGGUUCUUCUGUGACAUGAUCGGGGAGGAGACGAUCGUACAACGAUGGCAAGAACAGUAAGCAGCAGGCGGAGCAGGAGGAGGAGGAGGAGGGAAAGGAGGUGGUGACGGUCGUGGUGGAGUCGGUGGAGAAGGAGGAAGGAGUGCCUUCGUACACAACGUGAAACGUAAAGGAUGCUUUUAGGAGAGUGGCGGGCGUGCGCGCGUGCGUGUUGCGCGCAUGCGAAAGACUUUACACGCACGAGCACGCUCGGCGACGGGCGAAUGCGUGUAUUAUAUGCGAGAGAGAAAGAGAGAAUGUAUGCAUGCAGAGAGAGAAAGAGAGAGAGAGAGAUCGCGCGAGGUAGCACGAGGGGGGAGUAUCGCGGCGGCCAUUUUGGAGAACGCGAGAGAACUGGCGGGAGAUUCAAAGCUACCGAAAGCUGUCCAAGUAAACACCAACUAAGAGUAGCAUGAUAAAUGUUACAAUUUCACUCUCAAUAACUGUUAUAUACAACAUGUGUUUAUCACAUCUAUCAAUGAAAUCGAGAGGUCAUGUUUAUUUUUUACUGAAUGCACUUUCGCGAGAGAGACUCGAGCAUUCCGCUAGUCUUGGAAACUUCAACCUUGGUGCAUACAAAAUGUCGUAUUAUUAUAUAUUAUGUUACGUUAUCUUCAAUGUGAAAUUGUAACAUUGAUGUUACGUUACUAUUGGUGCUUACCGGGUGAAGCUUUUUUUCUUUCCUCCAUCUUUCUUCCCUUCGUUGUCGAGCAAGCGAUCGUCGUCCAACGAUUCGCUCCGUUUUCAAAUUUCAGGAUGCUUGAAAUUUUGCGUCUAGGAACGAGAUCGAUAGAACAGCCAUUAGAUCGAUAGAAAGCGAAGGGCUCCCUCUUUCUUUUUCGGCAGUGGACGGCAGUGCCGAUUUUCUUCUCUACGCGGACUCGCGUACUCGGUUCGCUUGUACAGUUUUGAUAUGGGACACGUUCGCUUUGCUAGUGACAUAAAUCAAGUUUCGAAAAUUGUUCCUUUGACACAAAUACACCCCCGAAUACGCGCGAGGUGGUUUUUAAGCCUCGUGCCAAGUUGCGAGGAUCGACGAUCCCCGCGUUCAUCGCCGGCUCUUUUUUUUCCGAUGCGAACGAGGGAGACGACUGUGUAUUUUUGCGAAUCAAUCAAAACGAGAGAUUCUCAUCUUCGGAACCGGAAGGAACCACGCGACCGAUUACAUGUGAUAAGCGCAAUCAAACCGGGAGAUCACGUUUGCCUUUUACCGAAUGCACUUUCGCGAGAGAGACUCGAGCAUUCCGCUAGUUUUGGAAACUUCUACACUUUUGGUGCAUAUAAAAUAUUGACAAAUUAAUUAAUUCUAAGGAGUAAUAUAUUACGGUGCUGUAUUAUAGCCGCGCAGAAACGUGCAUUAGGGCAGUUGUAAUAACGCGUAUUCUAACGUAUCGGGCGACUGAAUCGAUCGACGACUAUCGAAGUGUCGAAACGAGCUUGAUUUAUUAAGUGGCGUGUGUCUCGCGUAAUUCUUUUUAAAUAAAUGGAAACAAGUUUCAAAUUUUUACAAUAUAUAUUUGUCUAUAUCGCGAAAAGAUUGAAUCUUUAACAAUUAAAUUAAAGUAUUUUUCUAAUUGUGAUCAGUGAAAUUAUGUGUACAUAUAAUUAUA